AUGAAGAUCUACUUCCUUGUCGAGGAGUCGCCCGCCAAUGAGGACGACGGUCCCGAAAGUCCGCCCUCCUCCGUGGACGAGGAUGACCACCACGGCACGCACGUGGUCGAGUUCGCCGUCGCCUACUCCGGUGCGGUGCUGGACCAAGGACCUCCGCCUCAACAGAUCCUAGCUUGGGGAAGCACCCCCAUCCCCAUGGUCGUUUCACUUUCUUUCUCUGCCCCUCUUCUCUGUGUUGAAAAUGUUUUAUUAUGUAUGUUUCAGUGGGAAGUCCGAUCAUUUGCUGCUCAAAAUCCGACAAAUCGGAGGAGGAAUGCGCGAGAAGCAAGUCUAUCAUCAAUGGCAAGCUUGCAUGCUGAUGUUCUCAACAAGAUAAACCAUACAAGCGAGGAACCUCCCAGGCGUAGCAACUCCUCCGUCCCAGGCUUAUGCCUUGCCGUUGGAAAAAUGAAUUCAAGUUUUUGCAGGAUCCAACGUAUCGCUAAGGCUGGAUGGUUGAUUGACGCGGACUACCGCGGCCCAGUGGGCAGUGUGCUCUUCAACGACUCGGAGGUGGACUUGGCCGUGAAGACCGGCGACCGCGUCGCACAGAUGAUCAUCCAGAUGUUCACUAUUGUAUCCAUGAAUGUUGCAAGUGUUAAAGAUGGUUCUGUGACCUGA